GACAAUGAGAAAAAAAACUAUCUAUCCUGAAGCCUCGCGGAUAUGAGGCUGCAGUGAAAGCCCAAGCCCCCGCCUCUCCACUCCACUCCAACCCACCCAUGGCCACCUCCUCGCUGCUCCCCCUCCACCUCCCCACGAGGCCGUCCGCCGUCAAGGCCUCCGCCGCCGCGACGGCGGCGGCGGCCCCGACGCCGCAGUCGCUGGAGGAGUCGUUCGGACGGAAGGGCCUCCGGUUCGCCGCCGACCCGGCCACCGGCGCGCCCACCGCCGAGCUCAGCGUGCGGAACGGCAGCUCGCUGCAGCUCCGGCUCGCCGACGGGCUGGUCACCUCGUACCGGCCCAAGGUGUACUGGAAGGACGACGGGUGCAGGGAGGUGCUCCACACCGUCGCCGGCGCCGGCGCCGGCGGCGAGGUCAAGGGCGGCGUCGGGCUCGCGCUCAGCGAGGUGUCCUCCUCCGGCGCCGCCGAGUCGCUCCUCGUCGGCUCCGAGUGGUCCGUCGUGGACGCCGACUCCGACUCCUACGAUGCAGUGCAGGUUGAGCUGGGGUGCACCAAGGGGAGCGGGACGCUGGAGGUGACGUACGUGGUGACGCUGUACCCGCUGAGCAUGGCGACGGCGGUGAUGGUGAAGAACAACGGCAAGAAGCCGGUGUCGCUGACGAGCGCGAUGCUGAGCCACAUCAAGUUCGACAAGCGGCGGGGCACGGCGGUGGAGGGGCUCCGGGGAUGCCCCUACUGCUCCCACCCGCCGCCGGCCGCCGGCUUCGCGCUCCUCACCCCGGCGGAGGCCAUGAAGCGGGAGGACGGCGGAUGGUUCGGCGGCGGCGGCGGCGAGGAGCCCCGGCAGGGGGUGUGGACCGUGGAGGACAACCUCUACACCAUCCUCAAGAAGAAGGUGAGCAGGGUGUACGCGGCCCCGCCGGAGGAGAGGAAGAAGCGCAUCUACAGCACGGCGCCCUCCAAAUUCACCACCAUUGAUCAGAAUAGCGGGCUGGGGUUCAGGGUGGUGAGGAUGGGGUACGAGGACAUGUACCUGUGCAGCCCGGGGGAGAUGUACAGGAAGUUCGGCAAGGACUACUUCCUGUGCACCGGGACGGCGUCCAUGCUGGUGCCGGUGGUCGUCAACCCCGGCGAGGAGUGGAGGGCGGCGCAGGUCAUCGAGCACGACAACCUGUAACUUCUUCUCUAUUUUUUUUUCAUUAUUACGACAGUGAAAAAGGCGACCAAUUUAUACACGAAUUGUUCUUUGAAACAAGAAACACGCUGAAAGCGAUAGCAUGCAGGAAGAGAUAGUGGUGCAUCUCAUGUAUCAGCGUGGCCAAGUGUACAGAGAACAGGAAAAAGAACAUGGUACAUGGAACUAAACAAUAAA